AUGCGUCAUUUACGGGAUACAUGCAGCAAAUUUCCAAAAAAGUUCAUUCCUGAACAACGGAAAGGUGGAAAAAUUGUAAAGGAAACUAUUGAGUCGAUAACUGCACGAUAUGCCGAUUUCGCGAAAGAAGAUACCAAGACGCUUACUUCAUUUUCGCGAAUGCCAUUAUCGGGAGCGACACAACGAGGUCUCAAGGAAAGUAAUUUCGUAAAUCCCACCGACAUUCAACGUGAGUCAUUGCAGUAUUCAUUGACCGGUGCUGAUGUGGUUGGUGCUGCCAAAACAGGCAGUGGAAAAACGCUUGCUUUCCUUAUACCGGUUUUAGAAUGUUUAUGGAGGCAGAGAUGGUCGCGUACAAUUGACGGAUUAGGUGCUUUGAUUAUCAGUCCUACUAGGGAACUCGCUUUCCAGACAUUUCAAGUUUUGAACAAAAUCGGAGUGCGGCAUCAGUUUUCGGCUGCUCUACUUAUUGGGGGAACUGAUGUAGAGUUCGAAAGUAAACGAAUAGGUUCGGUGAACAUUGUGGUAUGUACACCUGGCAGAUUAUUGCAACAUAUGGACGAGAAUAGUACAUUUUCAUGUGAACAACUGCAAAUUCUUGUCAUUGAUGAAGCUGAUAGGAUUUUAGACCUUGGUUUCUCAAGACAGAUGAAUGCAAUCCUGGAAAACUUACCGAACAACCGUCAAACAUUACUUUUCUCGGCCACGCAAACCAAAAAUGUAAAAGAUUUAGUGCGUCUAGCGCUGAAAGAUCCACUAUAUAUAUCUGCUCAUGAAAAUGCUCCUCAAGCUACACCAGAAUCGUUACAGCAGAGUUAUUUUGUAUGCAGUGAUGAAGAUAAAAUCAAUAUACUAUGGUCGUUUUUAUUAAAUCAUCGAAAGAAGAAAACAUUAAUAUUUGUUUCAUGCUGCAAGCAGGCGCGGUUUUUAGCUGAAGCGUUUUGCCAUCUACGACCAGGCUUUUCACUAAUGGGAUUGUGGGGUACGAUGAAUCAAAUGAAACGGCUAGAAGUUUUCAAAAAAUUUAAUAAUAAAACAGCUGGAGUUGCACUGAUUGCUACAGAUGUUGCUAGUCGUGGACUGGAUUUUGCUCGCGUUGACAUUGUACUACAGCUGGACUGUCCUGUAGAUGUUGAUGAUUAUAUUCACAGAGUAGGACGUACAGCACGGAUGGAUUCCAAAGGUGAAGCACUCUUGGUUCUCACACCAGCGCAAGAACAAGCUAUGCUUAAACGACUACAAGAAAAGAACAUUUUAAUCAAUAAACUUAGUGUCAGUGAAAAGCAAAUAAUGGAUAUCAGCAGACGUUUACAGUCAGUAAUUGCACAAUACCCGGGAAUGAAGGAAUUUGCUCAGAGGAGUUUUGUGGCUUACAUUCGGGCGAUUUAUUUGAUGCGGAACAAGGAUGUUUUCAGUCUAGACGCAAUUGAUCUGACGGCAUUGGCCAAAUCCUAUGGGCUUGCUGCGACACCGCGAGUUCGAUUUCUGAAACGAAUUGCAAAUAAGCAUCAGAACUUGCACACAAACACAAAUCAAAAGCAAAAAGGAGAGAAAAGUGCUGAAGAAUUAGUAGAAAUGAUGAUUUCAGCGGCAAAGGCGGGGGAAAAAUUGGUUGUGAUGGAAAAUGAAAAUGAUAAUGAUGGUGAAGGCGGUGCUGUAGAGGAUGAAGUCGAUCUAGGAUUAGGUACAAGUGAAAAUAAUGAAGCUAAGAAAGGUCAGAGUGAUUUCAGUCUAAACACAAAUGGUAGUGGCUUGGAUGGAGAUUGCGACGACUUUCUGAAAAUAACUCGGAAAAACGUGUUCAAUAUAUCUCCAAACAAAGUCUCCGAGGUGCUGGAGGAACCGAAAAGGGAGUCGAAGAAACUUGUGACACGCCAUGCAUUGGCUAGAAAAAUUUUAAAAAAAGGAGUGAAAUUAGGUGUGAAAAAGGUAUUCACAGACGACGGAAUGGAAAUCGUGGAAAACAGAAUAUUUCCUAAUACCGUUCCAAAUGAUGGUGAAUUGAUUGGUCUUGAUGUAGAUGAGGCAAAGCGUCAAAUGGUACAGAUCGAUCAGGUUGAUAAAAUAACAUAUAAAGAGAAGCAGAAGAUGUGGAGAAAGAAAAAGAAGGAGAAACAAAAAGAUAGAGUGAAGAAAACUCAAAGCAAGGAGGGUGGAGUAAUAUUGGAUUUGGGAGCCGAAAGGAGUGGUUCAGAUGGCGAACCAGAUUUAUCGUGGUUGCCUGAUCCUGACAAACCAAAGAAGUAUGACGAAGAAUGGAAUGAGAUUGAAGAUAAUCCCAUAAAUGACUAUAAUGUAUGUGCUUUACAGAGAGAAGUCGGUGGUAAUGGUGAUAAGAAUGUUGAAAUGAAAUCGUUACGAAGAAGAAAAAGGAAGUUAUUGGAUGAUGAAGAAAGAGCCUUGGCAUUGUUGCGCUCCUCUUGA